GAGCUCCGGCACCUGCCCAGAGGAAAUUUUCAACCCCCCAGGAGACGACAUACACAUCAUGCCUCCGUACGUUUGAAUAACGAGGGCAUAAAGACUGCCUUCACAGCUGUGAUCACUCAUUUGUGCACGCAUCUUGUACGGGUAACACCUACUUUACACCAGUGCGCUCGUUCACUUAACAAGCUUAACACAUCGAGAAAGCUGACAAAGUCCGCCCUCAUGGAAAAUAUUCCCAGUUUGAGCAAGUACCUUCUUCCGCCCGGCAGAAUGUCACGCUUUGCUUAUCACGAUUUCAGAACGCUUCACGAAAGAGAUUUAAGUGGCCUGUAUUCCGAAAAACUGCACGCUGACAAGAAGGACGACAAUACCUACGAAUUUGUGGCAAACAGAAUCACUGAAGUUCAAGAGACAGAACCAGAAAAUGAGGAUGUGGAGCACAAGGAAGAGAUCCGAGACGCAGUGUCGCCAAAAAACGAUACCGACGACGAAACAAAGAACGACGCCGACAAAACUACAGACGAAGACAAAACGAAAGGUUCCAAAGAGGACGAUCGCAACUCGGAAACUUUCGUAGCAGUAAUAGCGCAAGCGAUUCUCAGCGUCCCAACUAAACGUAUGACUUUGAGCUCUAUCUACAACUUUAUCGCUCGGAAUUACCCCCACUUUGACAAGGAGAAAGGGCCAGGCUGGCGGAAUAGCGUACGACACAACCUGUCCAGUAAUGACUGCUUCGUGAAGGCGAGCAGAGCAGAGAACGGGAAGGGGCACUACUGGAUGAUUCACCCGAAAGAUUUACCAGAGUUCGCCAAAGGCAACUUCAGACGACGCAGAAAACCGCGCCGUCCCAAGUGCAGCCAUCCUCUUAUGUUCAGAGAAAGUCCAUUCCUUUACCAUUCAUUCACGCCAAGCUUCUCUACAUUCCCGUACACGGCGCAUUUAAGAUCAGCCCCUGGUGACUUACCCACAGAAUUGCCUGUACCUCUUCCUUAUGGAUCCUCGGAGCGUACGCUGUCGCCCGCAUUUCGUCCAAGGCUUGGUCUUUUGUCUGGUUACGACGACAGCAGAACCUUAAGCACUGUGUCUCACGCAUUUACCUACCCGACUUCUGCCCUCAGAUUCGCUGAAGCAUCUUCCUCGAGAAGCUUUCCACCAGCGAGCGGAUUGCCAAACUUCCAUGGCUCUUUUCACUACCCGUGCGCUUGCCAUCGUUGAAUGGACGGAACACUUGAAGAGAACGCAAAUUUUGAGCCUUGCUGAACUUUUCGUGCUUGAGCUCACAUUCGAUUUAACAAGUACAUGCAACUUCUCAGAUUUAUGACACAACAAUUUACAUUUAUUUCAGAAACCGAUAAUCCAUUAAAUUAGGUUAGAUUCCAGUGAUUCCACAUUGAAAAAAUACAGAUUUUAUCUCCUCUAUAGAAAGAAAUAACUAGCAUUGAAACAGGCCUCUAAAUCCGGAAGGUUUUAUUUUACAUAACGCAGCAAAUUGGAACACACUACGCCAUGACAAGUUUAAGAGUUAAACUAAGAGUUAAACUAAUUUAAACUGAGCUCGCUAACAGCCUAUAGCUCUGCGCUUUCAGUGCCUUAAAGGUUCAAGGGAUAUUUCCGUUAAACUGUUCAAGUUUGUAAAUAGAAUUUGUGCAAUUCGUGUUUGAUCGGUACCGUUUAUGUACAUAAAGUAUCUAAGCCUAUCACAACGAAUAAAAGUCUAAAUGAAACAACAGUUUAAUAUUUACUUGGCUAAAAGAGAAUAUUACCAGAACAAUGCGCUUUUUGCCGUUAACACACACAAUGGGAAAGAAGAAAUUAAGUCAAGCUGAAUGAUCAGAAACGUACCGUUGGCGGGUUCCGGCUGGUUAAGUUAAAUAGAUCCGGACUACAGAAUGCAAUAAAGUUUGUCAGUUUUUAAUUAAAUUGUUUAAAACCCUGCGUCUUGAGAAGAUUCCACGCACCGUGUCUCCCUUCAGUUCAAUGUAUAAACUGAAAGAUCUAUAAAUCAAAGCUAAGAAAUAAGAUGUCGGAUUUAGA